GGUUCCCUGCACCGGGGCCCGCAUGGCGGCCGGCACGCGCCCGGGGGCCGGACCUCGGUCCCGCGCUGCCAUGGCCCAGUGGAGGAAAAAGAAGGGGCUGCGGAAGCGCCGAGGCGCAGCCUCCCAGGCCCGCAGCAGCGACUCGGAGGACGGCGAGUUUGAGAUCCAGGCGGAAGAUGACGCCCGGGCCCAGAAGCUGGGACCUGGCAGACCCCUGCCCACCUUCCCCACCUCGGAGUGCACCUCAGACGUGGAGCCAGACACGCGGGAGAUGGUACGCGCCCAGAACAAGAAAAAGAAGAAGUCCGGAGGCUUCCAGUCCAUGGGCUUGAGCUACCCGGUGUUCAAGGGCAUCAUGAAGAAGGGCUACAAGGUGCCAACACCCAUCCAGAGGAAGACCAUCCCGGUGAUCCUGGAUGGCAAGGACGUGGUGGCCAUGGCCCGGACCGGCAGCGGCAAGACGGCCUGCUUCCUCAUCCCUAUGUUCGAGCGGCUCAAGACCCGUAGCGCCCAGAGUGGGGCUCGUGCCCUUGUCCUCUCGCCCACCCGCGAGCUGGCCCUGCAGACCAUGAAGUUCACCAAGGAGCUCGGCAAGUUCACAGGCCUCAGGACCGCCCUGAUCCUGGGCGGGGACAAGAUGGAAGACCAGUUUGCUGCCCUGCAUGAAAAUCCCGACAUAAUCAUUGCUACCCCUGGGCGCUUGGUGCACGUGGCUGUGGAGAUGAACCUGAAGUUGCAGAGUGUGGAGUACGUGGUGUUCGAUGAGGCAGACAGGCUCUUUGAGAUGGGCUUUGCCGAGCAGCUGCAGGAAAUCAUUGGCCGCCUCCCUGGGGGCCACCAGACCGUUCUGUUCUCUGCCACGCUGCCCAAACUGCUGGUGGAGUUUGCCCGCGCGGGCCUCACGGAGCCCGUGCUCAUCCGGCUCGAUGUAGACGCCAAGCUCAACGAGCAGCUCAAGACCUCCUUCUUCCUUGUGCGCGAGGACACCAAGGCUGCCGUGCUGCUUCACCUGCUGCGCACCGUGGUGCGGCCCCAGGACCAAACGGUGGUGUUUGUGGCUACGAAGCACCACGCCGAGUACAUCAGUGAGCUGCUGACGACGCAGGGGGUGAGCUGCGCCCACAUCUACAGUGCCCUGGACCAGACAGCCCGCAAGAUCAACCUCGCCAAGUUCACCCACGGCAAGUGCUCCGCCCUCAUCGUGACCGACCUGGCAGCCCGCGGCCUAGACAUCCCGCUCCUCGACAGCGUCAUCAACUACAGCUUCCCUGCCAAGGGCAAGCUCUUCCUGCACCGCGUGGGCCGUGUGGCCCGGGCUGGCCGAAGCGGCACAGCCUACUCCUUAGUGGCCCCAGACGAGGUCCCCUAUCUGCUGGACCUGCACCUGUUCCUCGGCCGUGCCCUCACCCCUGCCCGCCCCCAUGAGGGGGCCUCAGGCGCGGUCAGCGCGGACGGCGUGCUGGGCCGGGUGCCACAGAGCGUGGUGGACGACGAGGAGGGUGGCCUGCAGAGCACCCUGGCGGCGUCGCUGGAGCUGCGGGGCCUGGGCCGGGUGGCCGACAACGCUCAGCAGCAGUACGUGCGCUCCCGGCCUGCGCCCUCGCCCGAGUCCAUCAAGAGGGCCAAGGAGCUGGACCUCGCAGGGCUGGGCCUGCACCCCCUCUUCAGUGAGUCCCUGCGGGGGGUGGGGGUUGGGACAGUGGGCUGCAGGUGGGCCCCCGCGGAGCCUCCCCAGCCUCAAGCCUCCUCCCCACCCCCACCAGGCUCGCACUUCGAGGAGAAGGAGCUGCAGCGGCUGAAGCUGGUAGACAGCAUCAAGAACUACCGCUCACGGGCGACCAUCUUUGAGAUCAAUGCCUCCAGCCGGGACCUGAGCAGCCAGGUGAUGCGCGCCAAGCGGCAAAAGGACCGCAAGGCCAUCGCCAGCUUCCGGCAGGGGCGGCAGGGGCGGCAGGGGCGGCAGGAGGACACAGCUGGCCCCGCCCCAGGCUGCUCGGCACCCCAGGAAGAGAAGCCCGAGGAGGAGGAGGCAGCGGGAGAGAGUGUGGAGGAUGUCUUCACGGAGGUCAUGGGCCGGAAGCGGCCGCAGCCGGGACCCGACCGGGGAGCCAAGAGGCGGAGGGAGGAGGCCUGGCAUCGGGACCAGGAAUUCUACAUCCCCUACCGGCCCAAGGACUUCGACAGUGAGCGGGGCCUGAGCGUCGGUGGGGACGGGGGGGCAUUCGAGCAGCAGGUGGCUGGCGCUGUCCUGGACCUGAUGGGGGACGAAGCCCGGAACCUGACGAGGGGCCGGCAGCAGCUCAAGUGGGACCGGAAGAAGAAGCGGUUUGUGGGACAGUCGGGACCGGAGGAGAAGAAAAAGAUCAAGACCGAGAGUGGCCACUACGUCAGCAGCUCCUACAAACGGGACCUCUACCAGAAGUGGAAACAGAAACAGAAAAUCGAUGAUCGUGACUCAGAAGACGAAGGAACAUCCCACCAGCGAGGCCCAGAGCGAAGAGGUGGGAAGCGGGGCAGAGGCCAAGGUGCGUCCCAGCCCCGCACCCCAGGCGCCCCUGCAGGCCGCGUGCGCUCAGAGCUCAAGACCAAGCAGCAGAUUCUGAAGCAACGGCGCCGAGCGCAGAAGCUGCGCUUCCUGCAGCGAGGGGGCCUGAAGCAGCUCUCCGCCCGCAACCGGCGCCGAGCCCAGGAGCUGCAGCAGGGCGCCUUCGGCCGGGGCGCCCACGCCAAGAAGGGCAAGAUGAGGAAGAGGAUGUAAGGCACGUGACCCAGCCCCCUGGCUCCUCACGUGGUGCAGGGGUAGACGUCAGCAGACGUCCCCAAGUGCCACCGCGUGCCUGGCCCUGUGCCGGCCACUGGCGGAGCUCCCUGCAAAAGAGGGGUGCUGCCUGGCCACACAGGGCAGUGGCCGCCUCUGCCCGAGGUGGAGCCUUUCACACAGGGUCUUCAAGGGCGCGUGGGGGCCGGGGGGUUGCCGGCAAGGUCAGGACGGCCAAAACCCAAGGUGGCCACUCAGCUGCUGCUGCUUCCAUGUGUUCUGGGCAGUUCCUGAGUUCAGAGGUGGUGGCCACUCGGGGCCGAGCCCUUAGUGCCUAAGGCCCAGUGAUGUAUUUUUAAUGUAAUAAACCUUUAUUGAGCACUUCGA